AUUGAUGACGGUCUCUACUGUUUUUGUGACAGAUCCGGGCUAUAUUGUACUGAAAAAAACAAGAAAAAAGGCGACCAAAAGCUUCUUACUAAACCCAUUCUUGAGCAUAAAGAGAUAAUUGCAUGGUCUGGAAUCUACAGAUUUUCCAAAGCUGAGAUAGAAAAUGCCAUAAACGUUUAUGGUGAAAGGCAGUGCAGGCCAGGUUUAUAAGGGCGUCUUGCCUAGUGGUCAGGUUGUUGCUAUCAAGCAUAUAAACAAGAGCAACUCUUCUGAUUCCUUCACCAGAGAAGUUGAAGGACUUUCUAGGAUUAGACAUCCAAACCUAAUUAGUCUUCUUGGAUGCUGCAGUGAGGGCGGUGAGCAGUUUCUUGUCUACGAAUAUUGUUCAGCUGGGAAUCUUGCUCAACAUUUCCUAAGGAAAGAUACUGCGUUGACAUGGGAAAAGAGGGCUAAGAUCCUGAGAGAUUGUGCACUUGCCCUAAAAUAUCUUCACCAUUUUGUUGAUGGCUGCAUUGUUCACAGAGAUAUUAAGCUUACAAAUAUACUUCUGACUGAGAAUUUGGACCCAAAGCUCCCUGAUUUCGGGCUGGCAAAGAUGCUGGGGAUGGAGGAGAGUAAAGUAUUUACGGAUGUUAGAGGGACAUUUGGUUAUAUGGAUCCAGAAUACAUGACCAAUGCCAAGCUGACCUGUGCCAGCGAUAUCUACAGCUUUGGCAUUGUUGCUUUGCAGAUUCUAUCAGGGCAAAAGGUCAUUGAAUUAGAUUUUGAUGCUAAAGAUCAGCUAACAAGAAAGGCAAAAGAUGUAAGCGUAGGGAAACGUCCAUUUACAGAUUUUGUAGACUCGAGAAUGAAAGGGAGCGUCAACAAUGCAGACUUCAACUCUAUCUUGCAGGUUGCAGUCCUGUGUGUUGCCAAAUUAAGCAAAGGCAGGCCUCCAAUUGAGGAAGUUUUCGACGUAAUGGAAAAGGCCUGGAAGAAUACCGUGGUUGAGAUGGUCUGAUAUUUAACUUCGAGUGUCUAUAGCCAUAUUUUCUAUUCCUUGUUUAUAUGGUGUCAUGUAGAAGAGUUAAGAGCCGUCUGCUAUGUGGAGAGGUCUAGUCUUGAGAUAUGUAUAUUGUGCAAAAUUAAGUUACAAAUUUGUGUAGUUUUUUCUGCGAAGAAUGUGUACUCGUUUGAAGAUGCCUCUCAUCUACGCCACUUGGAAUCAGUUUAUUAAGGAGAUUAAUCUUUUUCCGAAUUAGGUUUCAUCAAUUCUACAUCUGAUAUCUUUCUUGGCAAAAGUAAUGAAGAAUCUCUUUUCUA